AUGAGGUUCUUCCCAGCACCAAAGAAUCAGCAGAGGAACAAACCAGCAUCAGUAGUACCAACCCGAAACUAUAUACUUCUGGCUGUAUAUGAUUGUAUAGCCAGUCUCUUGACAACAAUUGGUCAGAUUGCAGUUGGUAGUGGAUUAUUCCAGGUUGUAUUCUCAUCAAAGAUUAUAUUUAGCGCAUUGUUGUCGCGAUUCUACUUGGGCAGGGCGCUGACCAGGGAGAAGUGGAUAUCAAUCUUUGUCAUUGUUGUAGGACUGAUAAUAUGUGUGUACAAUCCAGCACCAUCGUCUACGACGCCAUUGGUAGAGUCAAUGACAGAUGACAAGGCCGCCGCGGCUUAUGUAGACCAUACAAAGUUCAUAGUUGGCAUUGUAUGCGUCAUACUUGCAGCAUUCGUAUUCUCAGCCAGUCAUAUAUAUUCAGAGUUCUUGAUGCAGGAACAUGAUGUGUCACCAUUCGCAUUCGCAGCAUCAUACGGAUACUACAGCGUUAUUUGCUGCUUCAUCUAUCUGAGCACCGUCACACUGUAUAAUAGUCAAACUUGGAUUGUCGAGCCGCUGUCCAAGGCCUCACACGGCAGUGUUGUUGCCGUCGUCACACUGUUCUCAAUACUGACAUGCACGAGCAUAAUGCGAUCGUACGGUGUCUUCAACGUGCUGGCCGAGUACGGUACUGUGACCAUGGGCGUGCUGUACGCACUGCAGUCUUCGAUCGUAUUCUUCUCUAGCGCGCUGUUCCUGUGCGAUCCAAAGGAUCCGGCGCGUGCUGGACAAUGUCUGACCACUGGCAAGUUGAUUGGAUCAUUCAUUGUGGUCAUUGGUAGCAUGUACUACUCAUACACGUCGGCCAAGGCGAUGCCAUCGUCGUCCACCACCAUGUCAACAUCAAGUAGUAGUGGCAAGCAUGCCCCGUCAUCAAUUGGAGUCAACAACAGCAGUAUCAGUCCAGUUUAUGCAUCACCCGCCAAAGGUAUACUUGCACGCUCAUCUGGAUAA